GGGCUGCAGCCCGGCGCGCCGGAGCCUGCGAGCCCGCGAGCCAGCGAGCGGCGGCUGCGGCCUCCCCUGCGCGCAGCUACCCGAGCGUCCCGGCCCGCGGCCCCGCUAACCCCGGGGCCCGCGCCCCCGCGGCAGGGAUGCAUCAUGGCCACGCUGGCUUGCCGGGUGCAGUUCUUGGACGACACGGACCCUUUCAACAGCACCAACUUCCCCGAGCCCAGCCGGCCGCCGCUGUUCACGUUCCGCGAGGACCUCGCGCUCGGCACCCAGCUGGCGGGGGUCCAUCGACUGCUGCGGGCGCCGCACAAGCUGGAUGACUGUACUCUGCAGCUCUCUCACAAUGGCGCCUACCUGGAUUUGGAGGCCACCCUGGCAGAGCAGCGGGAUGAGUUGGAAGGCUUCCAGGAUGACGCUGGGCGGGGCAAGAAGCACAGCAUCAUCCUAAGGACGCAGCUGUCCGUGAGGGUCCAUGCCUGCAUCGAAAAACUAUACAACUCCAGUGGACGAGAUUUGAGAAGGGCCCUUUUCUCCCUGAAGCAGAUAUUUCAGGAUGACAAGGAUUUGGUACAUGAAUUUGUAGUGGCUGAAGGUCUGACAUGUUUGAUCAAGGUGGGAGCGGAGGCUGAUCAGAACUAUCAGAACUACAUCUUAAGGGCUUUGGGCCAGAUUAUGUUGUAUGUGGAUGGAAUGAAUGGAGUAAUAAACCACAAUGAAACCAUUCAGUGGCUGUACACUCUCAUUGGGUCAAAGUUCCGCCUGGUGGUGAAGACAGCCCUGAAGCUGCUGCUCGUCUUUGUAGAGUACUCGGAGUCCAACGCGCCUCUCCUAAUUCAGGCUAUCACUGCUGUUGACACGAAAAGAGGUGUCAAACCUUGGUCAAAUAUCAUGGAAAUCCUGGAGGAAAAAGAUGGAGUUGAUACAGAGCUACUGGUUUAUGCAAUGACUUUGGUGAACAAGGUUUUCUGGGUCCCUGACAAUAGUGAACGCUCUUACAAAGCAGGCAGAGGGAGAGGCACAAAGAAAUGGCUGGAGACCGUGUGUGAAUUUAACCUGGACAGGGGUUCCUCGAUCUGCCCUCCACACUCAGUGGGAAGGAGGGAACUGCAGGGCAUUCCUGAAGCUAACCCAAAGUCAGAUGUUGAUUCAUCAGACAGCGAGGCUCUUCUGUGUGCCAGGGUAGAGAUGAAUGAGAAAAUAAGAUCUGACCCCGAAAUGUCAUCACCGAGUGGUCUUCUCACAUCAUCCUUCAGGCAGCACCAAGAGUCACUGGCAGCAGAGAGAGAGAGGCGGCGGCAGGAGAGAGAAGAAAGGUUGCAGAGAAUAGAGCGGGAAGAAAGAAACAAAUUCAGCCGAGAUUAUUUAGACAAAAGAGAGGAGCAAAGGCAAGCAAGAGAAGAAAGAUACAAAUACUUGGAACAGUUGGCAGCUGAGGAACACGAGAAGGAGCUGAGAAGCCGGAGUGUGAGCCGGGGCAGAGCCGACCUCUCCUUGGACCUGACCUCGCCGGCAGCCCCAGCCUGCCCGGCUCCUCUGAGCCAUAGCCCCUCAUCUUUAGACUCUCAAGAGGCUCUCACAGUGUCUCUCUCCUCCCCAGGAACCCCUCACCAUCCCCAAGCAAGUGCCGGGGAUCCUGAGCCCGAAUCAGAGGCAGAACCGGAACCAGAGGCAGGGGCAGGGCAGGUUGCUGAUGAAGCUGGCCAGGACAUAGCCUCUGCCCACGAGGGUGCAGAGACCGAAGUGGAGCGGGCACUAGAGCAAGAGCCGGAAGAAAGAGCCUCCCUCAGUGAAAAAGAGAGACAGAACGAGGGGGUGAACGAGAGGGACAACUGCUCUGCCUCCAGCGUCUCGUCCUCCAGCAGCACAUUGGAGAGGGAGGAGAAGGAGGACAAGCUCUCCGGGGACAGGACAACCGGUUUGUGGCCCGCAGGUGUCCAGGAUGCAGGUGUAAAUGGACAGUGUGGCGACAUCCUCACCAACAAACGGUUCAUGCUUGACAUGCUGUAUGCCCAUAACAGGAAGACUCCGGGUGAUGAGGAGAAGGGGGAUGGGGAGGCCGGGAGGACCCAGCAGGAGGCAGAGGCAGUAGCCAGCCUUGCUACCAGAAUAUCCACCCUGCAGGCCAACUCUCAGACCCAGGAUGAGAGCGUCAGGAGGGUGGACGUCGGCUGUUUGGACAAUCGGGGCAGUGUGAAAGCAUUUGCUGAGAAAUUCAACAGCGGGGACCUGGGGAGAGGUUCUGUCUCCCCUGAUGCUGAGCCCAAUGACAAGGUCCCAGAAACAGCGCUGGUGCAGCCAAAGACAGAGUCUGAUUACAUCUGGGACCAACUCAUGGCCAAUCCAAGAGAACUCAGAAUCCAAGACAUGGAUUUCACUGACCUGGGGGAGGAGGAUGACAUUGACGUCCUAGAUGUGGACCUAGGUCACAGGGAGGCCCCUGGGCCACCUCCCCCACCCCCACCCACCUUUCUGGGUUUGCCGCCCCCACCCCCACCACCCCUGUUGGACAGCAUCCCUCCCCCUCCUGUCCCCGGUAAUUUAUUGGCUCCUCCUCCUCCAGUGUUCAACGCUCCUCAGGGCUUAGGGUGGUCCCAGGUACCCAGGGGUCAGCCCACAUUCACUAAGAAAAAGAAGACCAUCCGUUUGUUCUGGAAUGAAGUUCGGCCUUUUGACUGGCCAUGUAAAAACAACCGACGCUGCAGAGAAUUCCUGUGGUCAAAACUGGAACCCAUUAAGGUGGACACUUCCAGACUGGAGCACCUGUUUGAGUCUAAAUCCAAGGAACUGUCUGUCUCAAAGAAAACUGCUGCAGAUGGAAAAAGGCAAGAAAUCAUUGUUCUGGAUUCCAAGAGGAGUAACGCCAUCAAUAUUGGUCUGACGGUGCUGCCUCCUCCAAGGACGAUUAAGAUCGCCAUUUUGAAUUUUGAUGAGUAUGCCUUAAACAAAGAAGGAAUCGAGAAAAUUCUAACGAUGAUUCCCACUGACGAGGAGAAGCAGAAAAUCCAGGAAGCUCAGCUGGCCAACCCUGAAAUCCCCUUGGGCAGUGCAGAGCAGUUCCUCCUCACCCUCUCCUCCAUCAGUGAGCUCUCUGCACGACUUCACCUCUGGGCAUUCAAAAUGGAUUAUGAAACUACAGAAAAGGAAGUAGCAGAACCACUCCUGGACCUGAAGGAAGGAAUAGACCAGUUGGAGAACAAUAAAACCUUGGGCUUUAUCCUGUCUACUCUCUUAGCCAUUGGAAACUUUCUAAAUGGAACUAAUGCCAAAGCGUUUGAGUUAAGCUACCUCGAGAAGGUUCCAGAAGUCAAAGACACAGUGCACAAGCAGUCGCUUCUCCACCACGUGUGCACCAUGGUGGUGGAAAACUUCCCAGACAGCUCCGAUCUGUACUCGGAGAUCGGGGCCAUCACCAGGUCAGCCAAGGUUGACUUUGAUCAACUUCAGGAUAAUUUAUGUCAGAUGGAGAGAAGAUGCAAGGCUUCAUGGGAUCACCUCAAGGCAAUUGCAAAACACGAAAUGAAACCAGUUUUAAAACAACGGAUGUCAGAGUUCCUGAAAGACUGUGCAGAGCGAAUUAUAAUUUUAAAGAUUGUCCAUAGAAGGAUAAUCAACAGAUUCCACUCCUUUUUACUCUUUAUGGGCCAUCCACCUUACGCAAUUCGGGAAGUGAACAUAAACAAAUUCUGCAGGAUCAUUAGUGAAUUUGCACUGGAGUAUCGCACAACCAGGGAAAGGGUUUUGCAGCAGAAACAGAAACGGGCCAACCACAGAGAAAGAAAUAAGACCAGAGGGAAGAUGAUCACUGAUUCCGGCAAGUUUUCCGGCAGUUCUCCGGCGCCCCCAAGCCAGCCGCAGGGUCUGAGCUAUGCGGAGGAUGCGGCUGAGCACGAGAACAUGAAGGCUGUACUGAAAACCUCGUCCCCCUCCGUGGAGGACGCCACCCCCGCGCUGGGCGUCCGCACACGCAGCCGAGCAAGCCGAGGAUCCACUAGUUCCUGGACUAUGGGAACUGAUGACUCGCCCAAUGUCACAGACGAUGCAGCUGAUGAGAUCAUGGACCGCAUCGUCAAGUCAGCCACCCAAGUGCCCAGUCAGCGAGUGGUGCCGAGGGAGAGGAAACGAUCCCGGGCCAACCGGAAAUCUUUGCGAAGAACCCUGAAGAGCGGCCUGACCCCGGAAGAAGCCAGAGCCCUGGGCUUGGUUGGCACCUCAGAGUUGCAGCUGUGACACUCAUGGGGUACUCCCAGGAGUGUGCUGAGCAGAAGGCAAGCUCUUGCUGGAUGAAACCUCUCCAGGUGGGGUUGGGGAGACUUGACAUUAACAUCCAACAGUUUGAAAAGGGAGAGCUCAAUUCCCAGUGUCACCCCAUGGCUUGUGUUGCCUGCUACGCAUUGACUUGGAUCUCCAGGAGUCCCCUGCACAUGCUUUCUCCAUCGUGUCAGCUGUGUUUUUCUUGAUUCCAUGACACCCGGUUUUAUUAGUUCCAAAGUGUGACACCUUUUCUGGGCAAGGAACAGCCCCUUUAAGGAGCAAAUCACUUCUGUCACAGUUAUUACGAUAAUAUGAGGCAAUCUGAUUAGCUUCACAGACUGAGUCUCCACAACACCAAAAUAUCCAGAUGUAAACCCCAAACUUGUACACAAAAGAAAGCACAGAUUGUUUACCAGUUGUGGAUUUUAGAUGUACCAAAUGUUUAUACAAAUACAUAAAUGUACACCAUGUUUCAAAUACUAAAUAAAUAGAGUUUAAUGCCAUAA